AUGCCUCACAAGCGUGCCAAGCGCUCUGCUAGGGAGAACGAAAAGACUCUUCGGGGACCUGACCUUCCACCCUCUCAAAUCGCGCAUCACACCAAAGCCACAAAGAAAACGGGCGUCACCACGAAAGCGAGCAAACUUGACGAGGAGCCUAUACCCAAGUCCGCCGCACGCAUCCUGAACGCUGCGUCGAUCCGCGGGUCAUACAAGAAGCGCAAGUUGGAUGAUGAUGGAGAGGAGGGUGGGAAGCAGGGCAGGAAGCGUUCUAAGGGGGACGGCGAAGGAUUAGAGAUGUUGAAGCUCCAGCCUGGGGAGACGAUCGCUCAUUUCAACAAACGAGUCAACCAAGGCAUGGUCUCGUCGAUCAAGUCUGCGAUCGCGACUUCGUCUGCCCACACUCGCAAGGUGAACAAGACUGAACAAGACGAGAAACUCGAGAAGGCCGCUGCUAAGAAGAAAAAGAAGGCCUCACCCAAAGAUCAAGCUCAAGGCCCCGACGGCGACACAUCCGACCCUGAAGGAUCGUCUCAAAAACCCAAAUCCUCUGUCCCCGUCCCUGCUCCUCGUCAAGAAAUGCCCCGAGCAACCGAAUUCCAGGUCGCAUUAACCUCCGCCCCGCGUCGGCUCAACGACAUCGCGCAAGCGCCUCCUACGCUCACUGUUGGAAAGCUCACGAAGAAAAAGGCAGCUGCCGCCGCUGCUGUCGUACAGUCGUCGGAGACCGAAGGCGCCGGUUUGCGUUCAGGUGUCGUUAGCAUGGCGCAGAAGCUGCGGAUGGAGGAGGAGCGCGAGAACGCCAUCCGUCGAUAUCGGGAGCUGAAGGCGCGUAGACUGCAGAGCUCAUGA